AUGGAAGGUAUUGUGUUAGAAACACUCCUCUCAACUUGCGUCAAAGUCAUGUUAAACAAGAUUGUUUCUAGUGAGUUCGUGGACAACUACAGGAGGACGAAGCUUGAUGUUUCGCUCUUGGAAAAUCUCAAGACAGAACUGCUCAGUUUUGAAGUUGUAGUUAACGAUGAUGCUGUUAGUGUCAAUGUAUGGUUGAAUAUGCUGAGUGAUGCUGUUUUUCAUGUUGACAUAUUAUUUGACGAAAUCAACACUGAGGCAUUGCGUUGCAAAGUGGAUGCAGCGAAUGAAACACUAACACCUACUUCUCAGGUUAUGAAUAAUUUUUCUUCUCAUUUUGAACGCUUAAAUAGGAUGGUCAUUAAUUUAAUUAAAGAACUAAAAGGCUUGAGUUCAGGAUGUGUACGUGUUUCUAAUUUAGAUGAUGAAUCUUGUAUUUAUGGAAGAGAGAAUGAUAUGAACAAACUUAACCAUCUUUUGUUGUUUAGUGAUUUUGAUGAUAGUCAAAUAAGAGUUAUUUCCAUUGUGGGUAUGGGAGGGAUUGGUAAAACAGCCCUUGCCAAACUACUUUACAAUGAUCGCGAAGUUAUGGAGAAAUUUGAGUUAAAAAGGUUUAUCUCAAAACAUCAUGAUGAUUUCAGGGUUUUCUCUAAACAUUAUGAUGAUUUCAGGGUUUUGGAAACCAUUCUUGAAUCUGUUACUUCUCAAACAGUCAAUAGUGAUAACUUGAAUACCGUUUAUCCAAAUUUUUUGUUAGUAUUGGAUGAUGUUUUGGAUGCAAGAUCUGUCAAUUGGACAUUACUUAUGGAUAUCUUAAAUGCUAUGAAAACAGGAAGCAUGAUCAUUAUCACAACACGAGAUGAAAGAGUUCCAAAAUCCAUGCAAACCUUUUUUUAUGUCCACUAUUUGAGACCUCUAGAAAGCGAAGAUUGUUGGUCUUUAGUUGCCAGACAUGCAUUUAGAACAUGUAACAACCAGCAACGAUCCAAUCUAGAAGAAGUAGGUAGGAAAAUGGCAAUAAAAUGUUAUGGAUUACCAUUAGCUGCAGUAGCACUUGCAGAUUUUCUUUGCAUCAAAUUGUCCCAGCCGGAUUACUUGAAUAAUUUCCUAAUACAUAAAAUUUGGGAAUUGGUACAUUAUGAUAUUCUACCUGCUCUACAAUUGAGCUACUGUUAUCUUCUGGAUCCUUUAAAACGGUGCUUUGAAUAUUGUUCAAUUUUUCCGAAGAAAUCCAUCUUAGAAAAAAAUGCGGUAGUUCAAUUGUGGAUUGCAGAAGGGUUGGUAGAAUCGUCCGCAGAUCAGGAAAAAGUCGGAGAAGAAUACUUUGAUGAACUAGUGUCAAGAUCGUUGAUACAUCGACGAUCUAUUGGCAAUGAGGAAGCAAACUUUGAAAUGCAUAGCCUCCUCCAUGAUUUGGCUACAAUGGUUUCAUCUUCAUAUUGUACCUGGUUGGACGGACAGAACUUACAUGCAAGGAUAGAUAAUUUAUCAUACAAUAGAGGACCAUAUGACUCUUUUAAAAAAUUUGAUAAAUUGUAUAGAGUAAAAGGUCUACGUACCUUUCUAGCAUUUCCAUUACAAAAACAACGGCCUUUUUGUUUGUUAUCAAACAAGGUAGUAAAUGACUUGCUGCCGACAAUGAAACAAUUACGUGCGUUGUCUUUGUCAAACUACAAGAGUAUCAUUAAGGUUCCGAAGUCUAUUGGAAAAUUGUUUUUCCUGCGGUACUUAAAUGUUUCUCACACUAAGAUUGGAAGGUUGCCUUCUGAAACAUGCAAGCUUUACAAUCUGCAGUUCUUGGCAGGUUGUACAAGGCUCAUUGAAUUGCCAGACCACAUAGGAGAAUUGGUCAAUCUGUGCUGCCUUGAAAUUAGUGACACUGCAUUGAGGGGGAUGCCAAUACAAAUAUCCAAAUUAGAAAAUCUCCACACUUUGUCUAACUUUGUCGUCAGUAAACGUAAUGAUGGAUUGAACUUUGCCGAGCUAGGAAAAUUUACCCACCUACAUGGAAAACUUUCCAUCUCACAACUACAAAAUGUUACUGACCCCUCUGAAGCUUUUCAAGCCAAUUUGAAGAUGAAAGAACGGAUAGACAAGUUAGCUUUAGAAUGGGAUUGUGGUAGUACUUUUUCAGAUUCACAAGUUCAAAGGGUUGUACUUGAAAAUUUGAGACCCUCAACAAAUUUGAAAAGUCUCAUCAUCAAAGGCUAUGGUGGAUUCAGCAUUCCAAAUUGGUUGGGUGAUUUUUUAUUUGGCAACAUGGUGUAUUUAAGGAUCUCGAAUUGUGAUAAGUGUAUAUGGCUUCCAUCCCUUGGAAAAUUGGGUAAUUUGAAAGAACUCAUUAUUGAUUCGAUGCUUUCAAUAAAGAGUGUUGGUACAGAGUUCUACGGAAGUGAUAACCCUCCUUCUUUUCAACCAUUUCCCUCCUUGGAGACUCUACACUUUGAGGAUAUGCCAGAAUGGGAGGAGUGGAACAUGAUUGGAGGUACAACUACAAAUUUUCCUAGUCUAAAAAGUUUGUUACUAAGCAAGUGCCCGAAACUGAGAGGAGACAUACCUGACAAACUUCCUUCCUUAACUGAACUUGAGUUAAGAGGAUAUCCUUUGCUGGUGGAGUCAAGACAUUCAGAUGAUAAUAGCAAUUUCAUAACUAUAAUUCCGUUCUCUCAUGUAAUCAGCCAACUGAUGCUCCCUCUCUAUUCUCUUCUACAGUUGACCAUAUACGACUUUCCAUUUCUGACGUCUUUCCCAACAGAUGGUUUACCAAAAACCUUGAAAUUUCUCAAAAUUAGUAAUUGUGAGAAUUUGGAAUUCCUUCAUGAUUAUCUUCACAGUUACACAUUGCUCGAGGAAUUGAGAAUAUCUUAUAACUGUAAUUCAAUGAUAUCAUUUACCUUGGGUGCUCUCCCUGUCCUCAAGAGUCUGUUUAUUGAGGUUUGUAAAAAUCUGAAAUCAAUAUUAAUUGCAGAAGACGGGUCGCAAAAUAGUCUCUCAUUUCUUAGAAGCAUCAAAAUAUGGGAUUGUAAUGAACUAGAUUCAUUUCCCCCAGGUGGAUUGCACACUCCAAACCUCAUUUAUUUUGCGGUGUGGAAAUGUCAGAAGCUCCCUUCACUUCCAGAAUCAAUGAUUAGUCUAACUAACCUUCAAGAAAUGGAAAUUGAUGAUCUACCAAAUCUUCAAUCAUUUGUCAUAGAUGAUUUGCCUUUCAGUUUGUGGGAACUGACUGUUGGCCAUGUUGGAGCUAUUUUGCAGAAUACUUGGGAACAUCUCACCUGUCUUUCAGUGUUGCGAAUUAAUGGAAAUAAUACGGUGAACACGCUGAUGGUGCCACUGCUACCUGCAUCGCUUGUUACACUAUGCAUAGGUGGUCUUAAUAAUACAAGCAUUGAUGAGAAGUGGCUUCAACAUCUCACUUCUCUCCAAAACCUUGAGAUUGUUAACGCCCCCAAACUGAAGUUGUUACCAGAAAGAGGUUUGCCUUCCUCUCUUUUGGUACUAAAUAUGACUCGCUGCCCAAUGCUCAAAGAAAGUUUGCGGAGGAAGCGAGGAAAAGAGUGGCGUAAGAUUGCUCACAUUCCCUCCAUAAUUAUCGAUGAUAAUUUGAUCACAUGA